AACGCGGUAAAGCUCGCGCAUGCACAGAACUGAAAUCGGCCGUGAUUGGCGCUGCAUCGUAGUACCAACUGUAUUUUCCUUUCAGUCAUUCCAGCGAAGAGGGGUGGCGUGUAAUAUUAAAUAGUGGUAGCCUAAUUGGUGGUAGCACUGCACUGAAGAGAUUUCGGAUCACGCCGCCGACGCAGUGCGACACCCACCGCUUUCAUCAGUCUUUCACGAACAAUCCUCAUGGCCGUCAGUUGGAUUGGAUAUUGCACUCAGGGAACGAUAAUUUCCUUGAGCUAAGCUCAAAACAAUUAAUUGAAAAGAGAUUGUGUUCAGAGCACUUCGAGAAGACGGAUUUCAUGGUAAAUGAUAACGAACGUAACCAGCGUUGGCGCAGCAAGGUGGAGCGCCGUUCGUGUGGAAGGUGUCGGUCGGGGCGGCCCCCUCCCCCCCCCUUCCGCCCCACCGCAUCAAACACCCGCCGCGGUGCCGUCAAUGGAAGAUGUACGUAACAGAUCUUGAAUGUUCAUGCACAUAUUAUAAUUUUCUACCGAAUCCAAAGCAGUUCACUUCAGUCAUGAAUUCGUUUUUGAAAAGAUGCUGCAUUUUUUUCUCAGAAAUUGUUUCAGUUCUCCUUAUGAUGAUUCCUAUCACAGAGAACUUGUCGGUUUGAUCACCUCUCAUGAAAUUUCUCUAUUGUCGGAAGAACAGUUAUAUUCACACCAAUACACUCCUUCCUUGAAUCUGUUUUUUUACAUGAAAAGUUUUGCUAUAUUUUAUCACUCGAACUUGACACAAAUUCAUGUAUAGGAGAAGCUGGGGCAUUUCUUUGUUGAAUGAUCGAUGAGGACUUCAACCGUCACUGUCGAUUUUGAACUCAGUUCUUUGCCAUAAUCGAUUUCGAAGAGAUACAAAUGGUGACAACUUCGAACGUUGGUAUAAUUCAUAUUAUUAUGGUACAAUGGAAUAAUUCUUGAUUUUCUUUUCCUGUUGGUAAAUGAAAAUCGUCUCCAUUUACUUUCAAUACAAAUUAGAGGAAGAAUUUUCAUCAUACUUGAGUCUCAGAAACCUCCGGCUUUCGUCGAGUACCAAGUAUUGCCCCGCCUUUGCCUGUACAUGAUCAAGCGUAUCAACAAAUUUAAUGUGGUACGGAGAGUCCUGACCCAUAUUUCAGAUAUCACACAAAUCACAGCAAGCGUUCCAUUAGAAAAACUAGUCCAAGUCAAUAGAACUAUUCAAAAUUGAAAAGAUACAGUACGAAUGAAAGUUUCUGAUUUCAGUGUUAUCUCUGCAUCAAAUUAUGGCUUAUGAUCAUGAUCAUUUACAGAUCAUCCUGGCUGACAUAAUCGCCGAGUUGGGGGCGCUGAGAGCUACGCAGCAUCGCAGCAGCCAGCGCAGCCCGAGGCCCAGCCUGGACCGGCACGGGCGGCGCCGGCAGGAAAAAAAAAAUGAAGGGUGGAAAGGCGGAAAAAUGAAAAAAACAAAGGAAAAAUAACCGCCGGUCUGGGCGGCAGCGGGAAAAGAGGAAGAAAAGGAAAAGGAGAAGAAACAAGAGUAAUAGAAAAAAAACGAAACAACCGCCGUCACCGGGAAGCUAUAAUCGAUCACUACUACCUUAUAUAAUGAUAUCGGUGGAUGGCGGGCCGGCGCCACUGCCCCCAAAAGAUAAUGAAUAUCUUUUCAAAUAUACUGCUUGUAUUCGUUCUUUUUCUUCCACGCUAACGAUAGUGCGAUAGUAGUUCUAAUGCAUCUGAUGUCUGAAUUAUGAAUUCCAAUCGUUGUCUUGUGGUGGAUAUUAGUGAACAUUAGUAGUUCAAGCCAUUUAAAAUCCCGUUGCAAUUUGUAAAUUCCCACUCUCGAAAGAUCGUCUUAUUGUUAGGUCUUCGAGUACAUAAUUUUAGAGGAAAAAACUUGUAAUUUUGGUCACCGGUUUCAUUGAGUGACUGUCAGUAAGGUCAUAGAUGUAGUGUGGUGAUUUCGUUCGACAAGGGGGUUCACUCUUGAUGGUUCACAGAUUUGUCUCUCACAGGGGCACUCAUUUGUAUCACCUAUUGGAAGAUAGAAAAAGAAACUUUGUCAGAACGUUAGAAUCAUAGAUAUGGUAUCUACAUAGUUGAACUCUUGAAAAACAAAUUCUCUUCAGUUGAGCGCGAUCAUGAAAAAGAAUGCAGUCUAGUAUUUGAUGAAAUGAGCAUUAAAUCAACUAAGGUGCACGAUGUUACAACAAAUCAAUAUAUUGGUAACGUCACUCUACCCAUCAAGGAAUUGCAACACAUGCUCUAGUCUUCAUGUUGGAAGGACUAACGGUACCAUGGAAACAAAUCGUUGCUCAUUUCUUUACAGGCGACUCAGUCGAUGGGACAGUGAUUAAACCUAUACUAGAACUGAUCGAGAUAGCUUGGUCUUGUGGACUGAUGGUAGCAUGCAUCACAUGUGUCAUGGGUGCUGCGAGUCGUGCAUUAUGGGCAUCGUUUAGCACAAGCGCAGGCCGGAAUAGAGACCAGAAAUAGUAUACCACAUCCCAUAGAUAAUAAUCUGAGAUUGUAUUUCUUGGCUGAUGUUCUUCAUAUCCUGAAAAAUUUAAAGACGUCCAUUCUGAACAAUAAAGUGAUCUUUGGCUUUCAGAUCGGUCAUUUUAGUGGGCUCAUCGAUGCCCAAAGUAAUUUCGACGUUUUUAUAGCGCCAAAGAUUCAGAAUGACGAUUAAGACGGUUCAAAAACGUUUGCAAUGAUGAAAGUCAACAAAGCCAGAAAUAUAUUCAGUCGAAUCACCAGCGCUGGUCUACAAUUGCUUGCAGAUAUUGGCACCGAUGAAGCUUACGCAACCACAGCCUGGUUUACCAACAUGAUCUCAAGGUGGUUCACCCUUACGACAUCACAAAACCCCAGCGUUGCACUGAGCCUAUCAAAUAUCGAUAAUUACAAUGAAGCUGUCAAUACACUAAACAAGGUGAUGGUCAUAAUUCGUUGUUUACAAAUUGGCAGCAAACCUACUUGGAAGCCGGUACAAACUGAAAUUCUCAUUUCUACAUUAUUUGUUUUGGAGCUAGCUCAGUAUUUCUUGAAUGAGAGAAAUCUUCCCUAUCUGCUGGCGGGACGUCUUGCACAGGACUGCUGUGAGAAUUUAUUCUCAGUUGUUUGGUCGAAACAUCCAUUACCAGAUAGGUUACAAUUCCAACAAGAUCCGAGAUUAAUUUGUGUACCACAAUUCAUGACUAAUAUGAGUAAUAGCAACUAUGACAUUGAUGAAAGAUGUGUAUUGGGUGAUCUGUUUGAUUUUCAAGCGAAUCCCCGAAGUAAUACUUUGAGUCCAACACCAACUAUUCCAAUUCUACCCCAUGUUUCAUUAAAACUAAGCACUAUGGAGAUAAACUCCUUCUAUUACGUUGCUCGAUAUUUAGUUGAAAGUAUCCGAAAAACUCGAAAGGUAUGUAGUAAUCGUGUAGCAACUGUGGUGAUGCGAAAAUUCCUACCACAUCUUUAUGCGAAACUGACGCGACUCAUUUUCAGGGCAUACACGGAUAAUUCGUUAUUCUAUUGUCACCCAGAAACAUUUAUGUUUUUCUUGAAAACGGAGCAGAUUUUUAGAACAUAUUAUGCAGCUAUUUUUGAAUCCCAGGUGAACGGUAAGAAGUUUUUGAUCGAAAAAUUUUCGCACCUGGCAAACCCUUUUCUAGAUUGCCAUGAUAUAAAAAACGAAAUCAUAUCUCGGUUUGCCCAAUUUCAACUGCGAAUUGCAGGAAAGAAGUACAAUAGUGUAAUGUAUGGAUUAAGCUUGAGAUUUGACCUAUAGACUGAGGAUUAUAUCGUCAGUUGUAUUCCGUACCUGUUUCUUGUUGGACGUCUAAUAAAGAUAUAGUUGUACUAUUA